AUGCGGACAAAUAAAGGAUUGCACAAAGUAAGUUUGUUGGCUAAAGGGAUCCAUAUUGUGAGGUUUAUGACUAUAGCUCAAAGAGAUGAAGUUCUUCAAGGAGGGUACCUAUUUUUUGACAAGAAACCAGUUAUUAUGAAAGCAUGGGAUCCCUACACAGAUUUCACUUGGGAAGAUGUUCGCUCUGUAGCUACCUGGAUUCAAAUUCUUGGUUUGGAUCUUAAGUACUGGGGAGAAGGAACUCUACUUAAAAUUUUUGGCCAAUUGGGGACACCAAUAAUGCUAGAUGAGGUGACAAAGAACAAAGAGAGGUUGAGCUACCCUCGAAUAAUGUUAGAAGUUUGGGUACACCAGAAAUUUCCCGAUUCAGUUUCAUUUACUAAUGAGCUGAACCAAGACAUUACUUUACUUGUGAUUUAUGAAUGGUUACCAAUUGUGUGUGAACAUUGCUCGGGUAUGGGUCACAAAUUGAAAAUUUGUAAGAAAAAGGAAGUACCGAAGCAAGUAUGGAUGGAGAAAAGAAGUGAGAUCAUGGAGGCUAAAGGGAAGUUGGAUACCAAGGGCUUCCAACGAGUAAAAAAAGGCGCUAAGGUGGUGUGGAAGGAAAAUAAAGUAAAUGAAGGCAUUGAUAGUUUGAACAACUUUGAGAUAUUACAAGAAACUGGUGAUUGCUAUAUGAUUGUUGAAGAGGAUCGUACACAGAGAGGGGGGAUCCUCUUGGAGGAAAUGGGUCUUGUUGGUCUCCUUGAAACCAAAAUACAGACUCAUAGAUUGGGUGCUGUAUUUGUAAAUAUGUUUUCACGUUGGUGCUUCUCUACAAAUAAUGCCUGGUAUAAAGGUGGAAGAAUAAUGGUGAGUUGGAAUCCUAGUAUGUUUAGUGUAAACAUCGUGAAAUGCACUAGUCAAUUAAUGCAAUUAAAAGUUCAAUCGAGAGCUGGUUUAGAAGUAUUCGUGGCAACCUUUGUUUAUGCUUUCAAUGACAAGGAGAGUAGGAAAAUGUUAUGGGAUAAUUUGAAAGAAAUUGAGGUGUCAGUGAAGUCUCCACGGAUGGUUUUGGGUGACUUUAAUGAUAUCUUGAGCGUGGAAGAGAGAAUUGGGGGAAACAAAAGGCAACGUGCUUCGAAAGAAUUCAAAGAAUGUGUUGAAGUGUGUGGGUUGGAAAAUGUGAAGUUCACUAGUAGUUUCUUUACUUGUUCGAACAAACAGGAUUCUGAAACCCGAAUCUACUCCAAAAUAGAUCUGGUUUUAGCUAAUCAAAUGUGGUUAGAUAAAUUCUCUGUUGCUGAAGUACUAUUUAUUUUAGAGGGAGAAUUUGAUCACUCCCCGACAUUGCUUUCAAUGUAUCUGACUGUCCAAUAG